AUGAAAAAGAAGGUUUCAGGAGAUAUAAGAGCACUUGUGGAACACUGCGUUUCAACAAAUGAACGGUGUUUGUUCCUGAUAGUUGGAGAUAAAAGCCGCUUUCAAGUGGCAAACCUACACUACCUACUGCAAAGAGUAUCAGGGAAGAAACCAAACGUACUCUGGUGUUAUAAAAAAUCAUUAGAAGUUUCAUCACAUCAAAAAAAGAGACAGAAACUAGCUAAUAAAUUGGCAAAAAAAGGACUAUAUGAUGAAACAACAGAGUCACCAUACGAGCUGUUUCUGAGAACAACAGAUAUUAAAUAUGUAUAUUAUCGAGACUCACAAAAGGUUCUAGGCCAAACAUUUAGCGUGUUGGUUUUACAGGAUUUUGAGGCACUGACACCAAACGUGUUGUGCAGAACAAUAGAAACAGUGGAAGGAGGAGGAAUUAUUUUCAUACUUUUAAGAACAAUGGAGUCACUGGAAGAUUUGUACAAUAUUACAAUGGACGCGCAUUCAAAACUGUGCUCAUAUAGACACGACAAAGUGGAGCCGAGGUUUGUGAGAAGAUUUGUUUUGUCACUCUCGAGCUCAAAAAAUACCAUGGUAGUAGAUGAUGAACUUAAUAUCUUGCCAAUAUGUAAAGGAGGAUUAACUAACGAAGUAAAAAAAGACCCUAAAAAGAAGCUUAAUAAACUUUUGAAUAAAUUGAAUAGCGAAGAAUUCUCACAUGAAGAUUAUUUAGUACUGAAGAAACUAUCGACUCUAGCAGUGACAUAUAGCCAACUAAAAAGCCUAAUAUCACUCUUAAAUAUAAUACUUGAGGAAUCAGAUAGGAAGAUUGUAACAAUACUCAGUGAUAGAGGAAGAGGAAAAUCAGCAACAAUAGGGUUGUUUCUCUCAUCAGCACUUCAGUUGGACUUCAGAAACAUUUUAAUCGUGGCACCCAAUGUAGAAAACGUAUCAACAUUGUUUGAUUUCUUACAGAGAGGACUUAAGUGCCUAGGAAUUGAUGAGUAUUCAGGAUACACAAUUACAAGAACAGAAGGAUACCCAAGUUACCUAAAGCUGAAUAGAAGAAACUCCGGAGUAAAAUUCAUGUCAUCAACAGAAAUCAAGAACCCUGAAGAGUUCAUAAAGAUGUUCUCUUGGGAUAUUCUGAUCAUAGAAGAAGCAGCUUCAAUCCCGCUACCAGUAGUUGAGACUCUGAGCUCAAAAGGAAUUGUAAUCAUAUCCUCAACAACUGGAGGAUAUGAAGGAACUGGAAGAUCAAUUUCAUUAAAACUCAUACAAAAAUUCAAGAAAACUCUGUCAUCAGAUACAUUGUCUGAAAUCACACUAAAACAACCAAUCAGGUAUGCCAGAAAUGAUCCAAUUGAGUCAUGGCUGAACACACUAUUGUGCCUUAAUACAUUCAAGGACGAAGGUUUAGACUCGUGUAAAGGAGAUAUCAUAGUACCCCAAAAGUGCAAGUUCCUGUUAGUCAACAGGAAUCUCCUUUUCUCCAACCACCCAUACACUGAACACUUUUUGAAGAAGUUGACAUUCACACUUACCUCAUCCCACUACAGAAACUCACCAGAUGAUUUACUGCUGCUCUCAGAUGCGCCAGCACAUAAAAUCAUGGUCCUGGCGUAUGUGAAGCAGAAUGGAAAUAACAACGAAGAAAAGGCAAUGACUAAUGGUACAACGCCAAAUGGUACGGCACCAGAAAAUGAUAAAGAUGAACUAACAGAUGAUGAAGAAGAUAAAUUGGAAGAAGAUGACGGAUUAAGCAUAAUGUGUGUUCUACACGUCUCUUUAGAAGGAUCAAUAGGAAAAGAGGCAGUGAAGAAUGCAAUAACAAGAGGAGUUAAGCCGUCAGGAGAUUUGAUACCAUGGACAAUAGCACAGCAUUUCUGUACUGAGGAUUUCGGCCAAUUAAAUGGGAUAAGGAUUGUAAGAAUAGCUGUUCCACAAAGCCUACAGAGCUUGGGAUACGGAUCUGAAACAAUCAAAAGACUUAUCAAGUAUAGGAAUCUGAUACCGUCAGUCAAUGAAGACCAGGAUACACUAUUGAUGAAUUUGGAUGACCUUUCAGAGGGAACUGACCUGGACAAAAUUGAGGCAGAAAUGCCCAUUGAGGAAUCUUAUGAAAACAUGAGUCACAUUCACUACAUAGGCACGUGCUUUGGAGUUAGUUCAGACCUGGUUAAGUUCUGGACAAGAGUUGGCUUUAGCACCAUUUACAUGAGGCAGGUGCCCAACGAGUGUACAGGAGAGUUUUCAGCAAUAAUGCUUUUGAACACUUCUACAGAAGAUUGGUUAACUCCAUUUAAGGAAGACUUCAAACAUAGGCUUUUGGUACUUUCUGGAAGUUGUUUCAGGCAUCUCAAGUGUACUACCAUACUCUCACUACUUUCAGGCGGAGGAAUGAAGGGAUACUCAGAUAACUCAAGUGACUCCCAGACUGAUGUUGAUGUUGAAGUUGCGGAUGAUGAUGUCAAACUCAUUUUCUCACUAAUAAACUCACACGACCUCGGAAGAUUGGACCGAUACGGGAAACAGCUUGCAGAGUUCACGAUCGUCACAGACUUGAUACCCAAGAUUUCAUACUUGUAUUUCACAGGAAAACUUAACCUUAAAAUAUCGUUUUUGCAGUCAUGCAUACUGCUGGCAGCAGGCUCCCAGUAUAAAUCAGUAAAUCAAAUCUGCGAUGAGCUGAAAAUGCCCAUGAACCAGGUCAUGGCACUGUUACAGAAGACGGUAGUAAAGGUGUCUAGAGUACUAAGUAGACUGGAAACAAAAUCAGAGGAAAUUUAA